ACCGGCUCCUCGAGCUCCGAUGGACCCAUGGUGUGGCCCGCCUGGGUGUACUGCACCAGAUACAGUGAUAGACCCAGUUCAGGACGAAGUCCUCGAACGCGUCGACAAAAGAAGCCCCCGAACGAAAAGGGAGCCCCAGUGCCAGAGGAGAAGCGACCUCGGACUGCAUUUAGUGGCUCCCAAUUGGCUAGACUGAAGCAUGAAUUCAGCGAAAAUCGCUACCUCACGGAGAAGCGGCGGCAGCAACUCAGCGCAGAGUUGGGCCUGAACGAGGCGCAGAUCAAGAUUUGGUUUCAGAACAAGAGGGCCAAGAUCAAGAAGGCGUCCGGCCAGAAGAACCCCCUGGCGCUGCAACUCAUGGCUCAGGGGCUCUAUAAUCACUCCACAGUGGCGCUCACGCGUGAGGAGGAAGAGCUGCAGGAGUUGCACGCACAAGCAAAAGUCUGAGGCACUCACGACUGGAACGCGAGUGUCGACGAAGUAACGGAUGAUAGCAAUUGAUAAGAGUAAAUAAAUUUACCAUUUUACCAUAAAGAAAAGCUGUAGAGUGAAAAUCUUAAAUUAAAAGAAUGAUACAUUGAACAGUGCCAUUGCUAAACUAUAUCGGUUUAAAAGAGAAAAAGAAAAACAAAAACAUUCAGAUAAAGGGCGAUGAUUAAGUGUAGAGAAUGUGAGAUUUUAGAUUAUAAUAAGCAGAGAAUGAUAGCAAUCUUGUGAAUAAGUGUUGAAUAUUCCUUUCUGUAAAUACAUUUUAUAUUAAAGAAGAGAAGAAAGCAUAUUAGAGAUUGUACUUAAUGAUCCCUUAAGCAGUAGAAAUUAUUCUAUUUUCCUCCGAGAUGCUGCAUGUUGAUAUAUUUAAAGAUAAAAUGAAGAUUGAAUAGCAGUUUUUCUCUGGCGUAAAUUCAAAAAAAUACAUGAACUUCAUUUGUCAGAAAUGAUCAUUUCAACUUCUUCUCAGCCAACCAGAUGCGUAUUUAGAUAAAGAUCAUUGUAUAAAAAAAAAUUGUCAAAAUUCAGAGUAAUCUCUUAAUAUAGUGGAUUGUAAAAAAAAGAGUUAAGAAAUUGAAUUAUGUGAAAAGAUUUUCCGAUAGAGAGAAGAGCCAGGAGAAAGAGAGAAAAUAUACAUUUAAUUUUAUUAAUGAAUU